AUGGCGACUAGUAAUGGGAUUGAACAACUUCAAAAAGGAUGUUACCAUGAGUGGAUGAGUUUACAAGCUAAACGCAUAGUUGAUCUCAAAGAAGCACUCACGACUAAAGACGAUCGCAAACUCGGAGAGCUCGUUGGUGAAAUCGUCGAUGAAUUCCAAAAGUACACCAAAAAACGAUCAGAGCUCUCGGACCGAUCCUGCUCAAGCUACUUUGCACCGUCUUGGAACUCUUCUCUAGAGAACAGUUUGCUAUGGAUGGGAGGAUGUCGUCCUUCAUCUUUCAUCAGAGUUAUCUACGCCACGUGUGGCUCCCAGGCCGAAACUCAGCUUUCUCAGUAUCUCCUCAAGAUUGAUGAAAACAUCCAUGAAAACCAUGGCGAUGGUUCAUUAAGUGAUCUUACUUCAGUGCAACUCGGACAAAUCAAUGAGUUACAUAUGAAGGUGAUAGAGAAAGAAGAUAAGUUAUCGAAGAAAGCUGCGAAUUUGCAAGAAGAUGUUGCGGAUAUGCCUAUUGCCGUCACGGCUUACGCAACCGAUUUGGUGGAGGCAGGCGUGGCGGUGGAGAAUGUUUUAGACAAGCAUGAAGAGUGUUUGGGGGUUUUGAUGGCGGAAGCUGAUAAGCUGAGGGUCGAGACUCUUAAGAAGAUCGUGGAAGUUAUGACCCCGGUUCAAGCGGCGGAGUUUUUGCUCGCCGGGAAAAGAUUACACGUGUCGUUGCACGAGUGGGGAAGAGUUAGAGAAGAGCGUCGUUUUGGGUGUGCACAUGUGGACCAUGCAGCCGCCGCAAGAAGCUGA